AUGGGGCUGCUUCGACCCAGGGAAAGAGUAAUAGUGAACGCGAUAAGAAGGGAAAGCAGGAUAAAGUACAAGGCAAAACGUAUGCACAAAAGAUUUCGGUCAUGGGCGCAACAGAGAGUUCGAGAAUAUUGGUUACCUAUGAAUGUGUCCUUAACAAGUCAGGUAAAUUUGAUGGAUGGUCAGUAUAUAUCUGCAUGUGUGCAAAAGGCAGCAACAUUGAGAAAACAUGAUUUUGAAUUAUGGAAAAGCUAUAGUGAAAGGAUAUUAGAAAUACGUGAAACAUUAACACCUCAACAAGUUGGUUAUAUUUUUUAUGGGAUGGGAAAAAGUCGAUUUUUAAACACCGAUUUUUAUGACCACAUGUUAAAAUAUGUGGGAAAAAAUUUAAAUAAUUUUUAUAGCCAUCCAUUAAUGUGUAUUGCAUGGUCAUUAAAUAGGAUGUUAAUAAGAAAAGAAGAAUUUUUUAAUGAAUUUUGUAAAACUGUUAUUUCCAAAUUUGAUGAAAUCAGAAUAAAAGAUUUAAUAAAAAUAAAUACGUCUAUAGGUAGAUUGGGUAUAAUGGAUAAAAAUUAUAAAAAUUUUAUGAACAGACAUAUAAUUAAUAAACUGGAUACAAUAUUUGCACAGGAUUUUAGAAAUGUAGUUAAUGAUAUUACUAUAAUUAAUUUAUAUGAUGAUGAAGCGAAGAAAUAUAUAUUAACAAGAUUCACUAACAUGUUUAUAUGUGCAAGACCACAACACUAUAAAAGUGCAUACAAAUCUGCUGUAGCAGUGAGGGUUUUAUAUCCACAUGUAUGGAAUUCUUUAUCAACUAAGGUAAAAAGUUUUUAUGUUCGAUUAAGUAUGAGAAGGAUACACGACAGUAGUAGAAAACCAUCUGACUUUCAGUGGGAAGUUUCAACCUGUUUAGCUAGAUUAGGUAUAGCUCAUAGGAAUACAUUUUUAUGGGGUUGUUAUUAUAUAGAUAUUGGGGAAAUUAAUGAGAAACGAAAUUGUUGGUUCGUUGAUGGUCCUUCUUGUUUCUAUACAUCCACAAAUAUGUAUACAGAACAUAUUAAGUUACAACACCAAAUUUUAUAUGACCUAGGAUGGAAUAUUAGGAGGAUUGUUUGGUUGGAUUGGCUUAAACUAGGAAAUGAUAUCAAUCAAAAAAUCGAAUUCGUAAAAACUGUAAGAGAGAAGGAACCCUUAGGAAAAACACUUAAUCAUUUUCCUCUUCUCAAACCCGAUGAAAUAAAAAAUAAAUUAAGAGAAUUAAAGUGGUACAAAAUUUGCAAAGAUAAGGAAAAAGCCCAUGCACAAGAACAGGAAAAAAUACAUCUCAUCCUUUGA